CGCGCAUCUGUACUGUGUGUGUUUCUGUGACGUCUACUGUAGUAAAUUACCUUAACACCAAACAAACAAUCAUUUUGGAUUUUAAAUAAGCGGUGAGGUUAUCUACAUUGUGAAGCUCACUACACCACUAGGAAACCUGAAGUUCCACAAACAUGUUCUAAACACAUGAUCUACAAGACAGUUUGUGUACAAGUUUAGUGUUAAUUUCACAAUCGCAUAUUUGUAUAAUCUGGCUGAGCUUGGAGGAUUGUGCAAUUUAAUCAGCUUUUAUUGCAUGUCUGAAUGCAUGAAAUAUGAGUGCUGGACAAAACCUCACAUUACAGCACAAACGUUAUCAGCAUUUCUGAAUUCUGCACAUUUUAAUUGUGGCUGUGUUUCUUUUUACUUGCUUGUUCUCUGCCUGAAAUAUGAGAUCAGAUUCAGAACAUUAAAAUAUAUUUCUUCAUAGAAGUAAAAUAAUAAAUUUUCUGAAUUAAUUAAUUAUUAUUUUGUCUAGCAAGCUCCACUAAAAAUAUAAAAAUCUAGUUUGUUUGUAUUCUCUUGCAGAUAUUAAAAAUGAAGAGGCCAAAAACUGUGAACAAAGCUUCUUGAAAAGGUGUGAGUGAGGAGAGGCCAGUGUGGGUGUGAGUGUGAAUCUGUGUGUUUAUGUGUGCAUGUGGAUGAAAUUCCAUAGGCCAUGUCUGGUCCUGCCAAACAAGAGAGGACAGUGUGUGUCCUCCUUCCCACAAAGGAGACGCUGGAUAUUACAGUGGGGCUGAAAGCAACAGGUCAAGAGGUGUUUCAACGUGUUUGUGAGCUUUUUGGAGUUAAAGAACUGCACUACUUUGGACUGACUUUCGUCAAAGACAAUGAGCACAUCUUUCUGGACUUGGAAGAGAAACUUGCCAAGUACUUCCCCAAGGAAUGGAAACAGGACUCAGGGAAGGAGUCACAUAAGAGGUCAAUCCCCCCUCUGCUCUGUCUCAAGGUUCAGUACUACGUGGAGAACGGCCGGCUCAUCUGUGAGCGCAAAGCAAGGAAAUUGUACUACUAUGAUUUGCGAGAACGUGUCCUGCGCUCCGAAUGCAGACAGAAGGAGGAAGUGUAUUUCCAGCUGGCAGGAUACGCCCUACAGGCCGAUCACUCUGACUACCCUCCAGAGGGCCACAGUCAGGGACACGCUGUUUAUUUUCAAGCCAAAGAAUACUUCCCUCCUUGGAUAAUUGCAAAGCGAGGCCUUGAUUACCUGCUGUGUCAUGGGCCCAAGGUACAUAAAGAGCAGUGGGGGGUGUCCUCUCGUGACGCUAUACUGCUCUUCAUCAGAGAAUCCUGCCGUCUGGAGGAUGUCCCAGUCACAUUUUAUCGCUUACAGAAGGACAAGAGAGAAGAAAAAGGAUCAGCACUUCUUGGACUCACUCUCAGAGGAAUGCAAGUGUAUCAGGAGGUGAACAAUGUGCGUGAUCUGCUCUAUGACUUCCCUUGGUUUCACGUGGGACGACUCACCUUUCUGGGGAAGAAGUUUGAGAUACAGCCUGAUGGUUUGCCCUCAGCAAGGAAGUUGGUGUAUUACACAGGUUCAGCUUUUCGGUCUCGCCAUCUUCUGCUGCACCUAAGUUCCUGUCACCGGCUGUUCCUCAGCCUGCAACCUGCACUCAAACACCUGCACCAGCUCGAGGAAUCAGAGGAGAAGAAGAGGUAUCGUGAAUCAUACAUCAGUGAUGAGCUGGAUCUGGAUCAGCCAUGCAGCGAGGGCAGUCCCCGUCUGUCCCGACACUCCACCAGUAGCUCUGGCAUCGAAGCGGACACUAGGCAACAUAGCGUCUCUGUAGAGUUGGUGUCCAUGGAGGAGAAGGAGAAGUCCUUCAUCUCUGCUGUCAGUCACGACUCCUCACACACCUCUGGCAUAGAAACAAACCACAAAACCCGAACAGAUGUUAAAGUUGAGUGGCAGGAUGAAGAUUUGCAGGAAAUAGUGAAGGAGCCUGGUGAGGUCUCUGUGGACGACCCUGAGGAUAUCUUGCGAUUGGCUGAACUACUGAAGGGUGUAUCCAUCGACUGUCCUGCCAUCCAAUCAGAUGUUGAAUCUAAAGGUCUUCAAAUUAGAUCAGUUCAGAUGGGCAAUGACAAAAAGGAUAUGAAAGAGGUUUCGAUUCGGAAGGCUUUUAAGCCGGCUGACCGCCAGAGCUUCAGUCUGGAUGACGUGCGGCAGUUCUCCCCUCUUCUCCCAUUGGGAAUAGCAUUAGUUUCAGACACCUCCCACAGCUACACAUUUGGGCUGCCGCACUCCCCAGGUUGUUCUCCGACCAACCCCUGUUCAGAAAAACCUUCAUUCUAUGGCCGGCGCUCCACAAACUGUUUGUCUCUGGACAUGUUGGAGGAUAACCAGCCACUGGAGCUUCUCCUUUAAGAAACAAAAAGACUACAUCCUCCUGUUGUAUUCAAGCAAUUUAAAUGGACAGCAGAAAGACAAAACACAGGUGUUAUCAGGGCAUUUUCACCAGGAAUUUCAUUAAGACUGAGCCAUACAGUUCAAGCUGUAGUAGUGUAAUUUGUUUUUAUUUUAAAAAUACUUUCUCCCAUGCCAACUUAAUAUGUAGAGACAACUAUAAGUAAGCCAUUUGUUGAUUUUCCUUAAAAAAAUAUUAACACUCUGGCACCCUUAAAACAUUGCUCUGUUUGUUUGUUUACAUUGACAUAACCAAUGGUGGGUGUUUGGGUGGGACUGUCUGUUUUUCCAACCAAUGGAAGACUGGAGGUGUGUUCGGGAAACCUAUUGAAAAACAAUCAUCAAUUUUGCCAUUCAGUUUGGUAGCGCUAGUAGCACAGAAAUAACACUUAAGCUUUGUAUUGGUAUGCUUUUUGACUGCAGGACAACAUUUGUGGGUUGUUUUACAGAUAUUCAACAUAUCUAGAUUGUGAAUUUUGUGGACAAACUUCCCUGCAGAACAUUGUGUGGAUAAUCUUACAAGGACAUUUAUCGACAAGUGAUAAAAGCUCUUCCAUGUAAAUAUAUCUAUAUAAAGUGUUUUCUUCUUUUUUUUUUUCUAACAAGACACGAGUGACAGAACCAUUGUUGCACACUUUGUUUCUAUUUUCACAUGUUUUUAACUUUCCAAAUAUGUUUUGGAGCUAAUGUAGCUCAGUUGUUAAUCUAUAAUGUGAUACUAUAUGAUUCCACCUUUUCAGAGUCUUCGAAUUUUGUACAUGAUAAUCUUGUUGACACUGAACAUGCAUAAAUCACACUAAAUCAUGAACAGAGUGACAAAAGGUCAAAUCAGAUACUUCCACAUAUAUUUUCUACAAGAUCAACAAGGUUUAUGGAAUAUAUUUAGUUCUCGUACUUGCUACACAAGUAAUGUUGAACAUUUAGCAUCUGUUGGAUUAAGAUGAAUCUCUAUUAUGCAAGAAGAACAAAUACUUUUUCUGAAUAUAGAUCAGGUCAAAGUUUGUUUUUUUCUUUCUUGUUUUUCUCUUUUGAUUCAAAUAAUUACAAAAUACAGAUUAAAGCCCUCAAAGGGUGUGUAAAUAAUGGCGGGUAUAAUUGCUUCAUCUAUAUGUAUUGUAAAUGCACAUAUUAAAAGCAUGCCCUUACACACAUUACUUUCAGUGAAAGGAAAGCACACCGAAUGAAAAGUAAGAAUCAGAAUGAAUUUUAUUGCCAAGUAUGCUUACAAAUACAAGGUAUAUUUCUUGGUGACAGAAGCUUCCAGUGCACAAACAAUACAGCAACAAGACAGAUAUAAUAAUAAUGAAAUAAAAUAAAAAAGCCAACAGAAAAUAUAAGUAUUAAUAAACAUCUGUUAUGCUCUGACGUUUUUAUGUUGUAUUGAACAGUUAAAUAUUUAAAGUUCUAGAACACUCCAAGCAUCCACUGUACUGGACACAUUUUUUAUUUCUUUGAAAUAUGGCAACAUGUUGUGUAUAUCAUAAUAUAAUGUUACUGUUUUUAGGAAAUAGCUUUAUUAUUUUUUGCAUUCAA